CAAACGGACUGAACUGAGAGCUGCCAGAGAGGCGACGCUCCGCUUGUCUAACAAGUUUUGAUCGUUUAUACUUUUAUACCAACACACGCAACAGAGUCUGGACAUCAACGAUGAGAAGGAGCGAGGUGCUCGCAGCCGAGUCGGUGUCGUGCCUGAAUAAAGCGCUGUGCCAUCUGAAGGACAUUUGGGAGGAAAUCGGAAUCCCAGAGGACCAGAGACUACAGCGAACUAAUGUUGUCAAGGACCACAUCAAGAGCUUACUAGAUAUGAUGAUCAAAGAAGAGGAAUCCCUGAGAAAGAGGCUCAUAAACAGCAUUCAAACAUGCAGGACAGAAAUGGAGAAACUCUACCUGGAACUUCAGCUGCCUGUGUUUGAGGAGGAGAACGGUAUCAGCAUGCUCCAGCAAGAGAAGAACAUCCGCACUCAGCUGGAGGCUCUGAUGAAGGAGAAGACUCGGCGGAUGCAGCAGCUGAAGGCUCUGGUGGACCAGGACCAGGACCUGUGCGACAUCCUGUGCUCCAUGCCUUACGGCAUCUCUCCAGACUCCGUGCCCUCACUGGAGCAGCUGGAGAACUUCUGCCAGCACAUCGCUAACCAGAACGCAGAGAAGGCCAAGCGGUAUGCUGAGUUCAUGGACCUCAAGCGGCAGAUCAUCUUGUACAUGGAAGAGCUGGACCACGCCCCCGAGACCAGCUUCGAGAAGGACGUCGUCUGUGAGGACGAGGACUCUUUUUGCCUCUCCAGAGACAAUAUUACAUCACUCAAACUGCUCGUUUGUCAGCUGGAGGAACGCAAGGCGGAGAAUGAGGCGAUAUGUGAGAGUCACAGAGAGAAGAUCCAGCAGCUGUGGAACAGACUGCAGGUGCCCCAGCAGGAGAGAGAGGCCUUCAACGACCACAUGGUCACAUCCAAGAAGAGGAACCUGGAAGCGCUACAAGCUGAAGUUCAGCGUCUGGAGGAGCUUAAACUGCUAAACAUCUGCAACGUCACCGACGCCAUCCGCUCUGAGAUUGCUGUGUUUUGGGAAAAGUGCUUCUUCAGCACUGACCAGCGGCAGGCGUUCACACCAUAUUUUAGCGUGGAUUUUACUGAAGAGCUGCUGAGUCUGCACGAUGCUGAGAUCCAGCGCUUGAAGCAGCAUUAUGAGGAUCACAAGGAGCUUUUCGAUGGAGUUCACCAAUGGGAAGAAAGCUGGAGCCUCUUCCUGGAGCUGGAGAAAAAAGCCACAGAUCCGACAAGAUUCACUAACAGAGGAGGGAAUCUUCUGAAAGAGGAGAAACAGAGGUCUGAGCUGCAUAAAAGUCUGCCCAAGCUUGAAAAGCAAUUAAAAGCCCAGAUUGAUGUGUGGGAAGGUGAACAGGGUCGUGAGUUUCUUGUCAACAACCAGAGGUUUCUGCAGUAUGUGGAGGAACGAUGGGAGCUGCACCGAAUAGAGAAAGAGAAGGAGAAGCAAGAAAGGCAUCUCAAGAAGAGCAAACAGACGGAGGAGGACAUGCUGUACGGGACAGCAGUGCGGACGCCCACCAAACGCAGAUUCCUCGGCAGCGCUACGCCAAAUAAAUCCAGAAAGUUUAACGCGACCUCCAGCAUUUUUAGCGCCACCUCUAACAGCACCAUGCGCUCUGUCUAUGGUGGAACUAUCUGUCGCUCACCUGUGCCCCGCCCACCUCUCUCAGCGAACAAGACUCCAGCAGCACGGACGCCAGGCAGCGGGAAGCCCCCCCACCCACGGCUGCAGGGCUGUAACAAAGAGAAUGAGGCUCAGCUGAAGGGGACUCCCCUGAGUGGUGCGUUGCUGACCCCUGCUAGUCCACAGCGUAACUUCAGCAUGGCCUCUGUUGCCAGCACAUAUUCAGAGUUUGUGAGGGACUUGGUCAACACUGAAUCUGUUCAGUCAAGCGAGACCUGUCCAAGACCUCUAACUCCAAGAUCCAGCACGGCAUCCUGAACUCCACCACCACCAACCUGUGACCUCUGCACCCUGAUGGUAAAUGCAUCAGCUGUCAUACCGAAGUCCUUCCAACAAAGUCCUGAUCUCACUACCUUUCUCUGCUCUCUCCUUUUAUAUGUAAAUGAAGGUAAUAAUAUAUUAAGUGUUACGUCGGCGAUAAACAAGGAAUCUGUUGUCAGUUGCUGAGUCUGUCGUCUUCAGCGUUGCUGGAAAAAUCUGUAAGAAGAAAAAAAAAGUUUGUACCCUGAGUUAGACUGACACUACGUUGGCUCUACAUUUUUGCCAGUUAUUGAGAUGUAAUAAAUGUGUGCUGCAUCUUGUGCUGCACAUUUUUUAAAAGAGAAAUAAAAGAAAGUUUAGUUUUCUAAAGUUAUGCAAUCUGGGGUUACAGGCCAAAUGUAUUAUAUGAGUACU